AUGGGUGCCAUCUCGGUCCUCCUGAGACAUCCGUUCGAUGUGUUUCCCUUACUCAGGGUGAAAAAAAUGGCCGACGAGGCGAAGAAACUCCCGAAAGAAGAAAACUUGGCGUUUUGUUACGACAUGCUGAACAAAGUCUCGCGGUCGUUCGCGAUUGUUAUUCAACAAUUAGACGAGGAGUUACGAGACGCGGUGUGCAUCUUCUAUCUGGUGUUACGAGCGUUGGAUACGAUCGAGGACGACAUGGCCAUCGACAACGCGGAGAAAGUACCGCAGCUUUUGAAGUUUCACGAGGACAUAUAUGAUCCGGAAUAUAAACACUUAACGUGCGGAGAGAAACAUUACAAGACGCUGAUGGUAGAAUAUCCGAAAGUGACGAACGUUUUCUUACGAUUGAAGAAGCCGUAUAAAGACGUCAUCGCGGACAUCACGAGACGCAUGGGAAAAGGGAUGGCGGAUUUCAUCGAGAGCGAAGUGAACACGUUGAAAGACUGGGACGUGUACUGCCAUUACGUCGCCGGGUUAGUUGGGAUUGGUCUGUCAGAUUUAUGGGCCGGAUCAAAGUUGGAAGAGAAGAAGUUCAAGACUGAAAUGGAGGAUUUAAGCAACGCCAUGGGGUUGUUUUUACAAAAGACGAACAUCGUGAGAGAUUAUUUGGAGGACAUACAGGAGAUUCCGAGACCGAGAAUGUUUUGGCCGCGAGUGGUGUGGGGAAAAUACGCGACGAGCUUGGACGACUUGCAAUACAAGAAGAAUCGAACGAACGCGGUGCAUUGUUUGAACGAGUUGAUUACGAACGCGCUGACGCACGCGUGCGACUCGUUAGAGUACAUGAGCCGAGUGAAAACGCCGUCUAUUUUUCGAUUUUGCGCGAUUCCGCAGGUUAUGGCUAUAGCGACAUUAGCGGAGUGUUACGAUAACGGGAAGGUGUUUGAAGGCGUGGUUAAAAUCCGAAGGGGCUUAUCGGCUCGCAUCAUGUUAUCGUCCAACGACACGUAUCAAAUCGGGCAAGGUUUCAAACACUUUGUGAAGAUUUUGAAGAACAAAGUGCGAAAAGAAGACCCGAACCGUAAGGAAACCAUGCGAUUAUGCGAUUUGGCCACGGAGAAAGCGCAAGAGAUGAUCGAUUCGAGCGACCGAGGGAAACUGGAAAAGUUACGAAACGCGAAUAACGACCAACCGUUGUCCAUGGGCGUUAAAGUUGGUUUGUUGACGUUAUUCGGCGGGUACGCCGCGUACGCGUUCAACUUGGAACAAAUGCGCGAGAGCAUGGGAUUGAACCCGAAAAACGGCGCUCGUUGGGUGGACCAAAUGCAACAGGUCUUUGCCGUCAUGGGUGUUUUGUUUGUGAUGUUUUUGAUGUACUCCACGCGGCGCACUCGGCGGUGA